GUGAGGGAGUGAGGGAGUGUUUUAAAGCCGGCAGGAGGCAUGAUGUCCUACAUUAAGCAACCCCAUUACGCCGUGAACGGGUUAACGCUGUCCGGCCCGGGCAUGGAUCUGCUCCACACCGCCGCCGUUGGAUAUCCCAGUGAGUACAAACCUUUGACAUCUGACUGCACCCCACGUAAACAGCGUCGGGAACGCACCACCUUUACGCGCGCGCAGCUGGACAUCCUGGAGGCUCUGUUUGCCAAAACUCGGUACCCAGACAUCUUCAUGAGGGAGGAGGUGGCCCUGAAGAUCAACCUGCCCGAGUCUAGAGUCCAGGUUUGGUUCAAGAACCGUCGUGCCAAGUGCCGCCAGCAGCAGCAGCAGAGCACAGGCCAGUCCAAACCCCGGCCCCCUAAGAAGAAGGCCUCCCCUGCUCGCGAGGCCAACACCGAGGCCAGUGCCAACCCCACCAAUGGACCCUACAGCCCUCCACCCCCUCCUCCAGGCACCGCCAUCACCCCCAGCUCCAGCUCUGCCAGUGCCACGGUGUCCAUCUGGAGCCCAGCCUCCAUCUCUCCGCUGCCAGACCCCCUGUCUGCCUCCACCACCCCCUGCAUGCAGCGCACCACCACCUACCCCAUGACCUACACCCAGGCCCCAGCCUACAGCCAGAGCUAUGCAGGCUCCUCCUCCUACUUCACUGGCCUGGACUGUAGCUCCUACCUGUCUCCAAUGCACCCGCAGCUGUCGGGCACCGGCGGAGCCCUGAGCCCCAUCACGGCCUCCUCUAUGGGUGGGCCCCUCAGCCAGUCCCCCGCCUCGCUCUCCUCCCAGGGCUACACAGCCGCCUCACUGGGCUUCGGGGCCGUCGACUGUCUAGACUACAAAGACCAAGCUGCCUGGAAGCUCAAUUUCAAUGCCGCUGACUGUCUGGACUACAAAGACCAGAACUCCUGGAAGUUCCAGGUCUUGUAA